AGGAAGGGCAAGAAAAAGGGGAGAGAGGCGAGGCGGGGGGGCUCUUCUGCUUGGCUCCAGGAAAAGCAGCUUCUCAACCCCCCCACCCCCAUUGCCCAGGAGAAGAAAACCAGCCCUUGCUGGGCAGCCACCCUUUGCCCCUGCUUUGUGCCUGCCUCUGCCCCUCUUUUGGGCUUUUAAAAAAUAUAUAUAUUUGAUCCCCCAUUAAACCAAGGAGGAGAAUGUGAAAAGGGGGGAAAAUGCCCAGGAGGAAGCAGGAGCAACCCAAGCGCCUCUCUUCACAUGGUACCCGGCAGGAAGAAGCUGAAGGUGAGCUUAGUGAGGAAGAUCACUGGUUUGGAAACUCUUCGGAAACCCCAUCAGAAGCAUCCUAUGGAGAAGUCCAGGAGAACUUCAAAUUAUCCUUUGAGGAUAGGAUCCAAGAACAGUCCACAUCUCCAGACACUUCCCUGGGGAGUGCAACUCCUAGCAGCAACACCCUGGAGCUAGCAGCUGUUGAGAACGAGGCUCUGAGGGACGUGUUACAGAAUAAAGAACACCUUUCUCCCGGUGUGUCUUCUGCAUGUGAAGAUGACACUCCUGGCCCAAAUAAGCCACUGAGUAGUAACCUGAGACGUCUGCUGGAGGCUGGUUCUCUCAAGCUAGACACUAGUGUUGCAGUUAACGGCAGGGUUGAGUCCCCUGUAAAUCUUGGCUCAAACAUCUCCUUUUCUCCACCUACGCAUCAUGCUCAGCAGCUAAGUGUCCUUGCUAGAAAGCUGGCUGAAAAACAGGAACAUAAUGACCAAUAUGGCACCAACAACCGGUUUAUAUGGAAUCAAGGCAAGUGGCUGCCCAACUCGGCACCAUCUUGCAGUUUGUCUCCGGACUCAGCCAUCCUAAAGUUGAAAGCAGCUGCCAAUGCAGUCCUUCAGGACAAGUCGCUUUCUCGAACUGAAGAUCCUAUCAGGUUUGAAACCUUUUCUUCGCCAUUUAGUUCCCAGUCUGCAAGCUCCACCUUAGCCGCACUAUCAAAGAAAGUCAGUGAGAGAAGCAUGACUCCUGGUCAGGACCACCCACCGCCAGCUAGCUCUUUUCUUUCUCUCGCCUCAAUGACUUCUUCAGCAGCCCUUCUCAAGGAGGUCGCUGCAAGAGCUGCAGGCAGUCUUUUGGCUGAGAAGAAAAAGUCACUGGUUGCAGAAGAUCCCCUGCAGCUUUCAGAUAUGAAGCAAGAGAAAGUAACUCCACCGCAGUCUUUGGAAUUAUUGUUACUCCCAGCCCCUAAAGGAAGAAGUUCUAAAACCUCUAAUCCAGCCUCAGAAGAAGAAGGUGGGAAACCUUUCCAGUGUCCAAUCUGUGGCCUAGUGAUAAAAAGGAAGAGCUACUGGAAGCGACAUAUGGUUAUACAUACAGGCUUAAAAAGCCAUCAAUGCCCUUUGUGUCCAUUUCGCUGUGCACGCAAGGACAAUCUAAAAUCGCACAUGAAGGUUCACCAACAUCAAGACCGGGGAGAGACAUUUCAGUGCCAGCUAUGCCCAUUUACCUCCUCUCGCCACUUCAGCCUCAAACUCCACAUGCGCUGCCACCAGCACUUCCUGAGGACAGAAGCCAAAGUGAAGGAAGAGAUCCCAGAAAUGGAUGUCAAGGGGUCGCCAUUGCUAAGUGACAACUCCAGAAUGGGGCAGCAGAUGGAUGGGGCAACAGACCACACAGGGACUGCUGCCGCCUCUAAAACUCCUGAGGUGGCUGGAUCUACUGUCCCACCUCUGCUGAUAAAAGAAGAGCCCAAAGAUGACAGCAGCACCCCCACGCCAACCUUCACUCUCAGUGUUGUUGACAGAAUCACCAACAACACAAAGCUAAAAGACUCCAUUGACUUUGUGACCAAUUCAGCGUCGGCACUUUUCAGCCAGGACAUCUCUGUCAAGAUGGCAUCAGAUUUUCUCAUGAAGCUCUCAGCUGCAAAUCAAAAAGAACCCUUGCCUCCUACAUUUAAAGUGAAAGAUGAACCGAAAGAUGAGGAAAAUGCAAGUUCCACUUUUCCUAAAUCUACUUACGUUUUUAGUCCUGAGCCUGAAACAUCUGCCCCAAGCCUUCCCGAGGAGAAUCUCAAGCCACAAGAAGUGCCGGCGAAUGUAUUGCAGCAGGACAUGUCUGUCAAAGCAGCAUCCGAACUUCUUAUGAAGCUAUCAGCGGAAAGUUGCAAGGAAUCUCAAAUAAUAAAGAUCAAAGAAGAGCCCAUGGAAGUUGAUAUUCAUGAUUCGCAAGCCUCAGUUUCACCUAGCCAAAACAUCAGUUAUAGCACUUUACUCAGGCAAGAGAUAACUGAACACAUACAAAAGAUACCAGAAGGCCGAGUGCUCCCAGAGAGAAACCUCUUCAGCCAAGAUAUAUCAGUAAAGAUGGCUUCAGAGCUACUUUUUCAGUUGUCAGAAAAAGUGAGCAAAGAGCACAAUCACUCUAAGGAUAACACCAUCACAUCUACAACUAGCCCUUUUUUCCCUGAAGAUACAUUUAGACAAUCACCAUUCACUUCCAACUCAAAAGAUCUCCUGUCUAAUGAGACUGCUGUUCAUGGAAGGACAACAGUACCAGAAGCAGAGAAGAUAGGGCUGGAGGCUGGAAAUGGGUUACCAUCUUGGAAAUUUAAUGACCAGCUCUUUCCCUGUGAUGUGUGUGGAAAAGUGUUUGGCCGACAGCAGACGUUGUCCCGACAUCUCUCCCUGCACACAGAAGAGAGAAAAUACAAAUGCCAUUUGUGCCCAUAUGCUGCUAAGUGCCGUGCUAACCUGAACCAGCACCUGACUGUCCAUUCCGUGAAGCUGGUGAGUACAGACACUGAGGACAUUGUCAGCGCUGUCACUUCCGAAGGCAGUGAUGGAAAGAAGCACCCUUAUUACUACAGUUGUCAUGUGUGUGGAUUUGAAACCGAGAUGAAUGUCCAGUUUGUCAGUCAUAUGUCGCUUCAUGUGGAUAAAGAACAGUGGAUGUUUUCUAUUUGCUGCACAGCCUGUGACUUUGUUACCAUGGAGGAGUCAGAUAUGAAGGCUCAUGUCGCCACCAAGCAUGCAGGUGAAGAGAGGAAGACUCCAAGCGACUCAAACAGCCCUUCGUCUUCUUCCCUGUCAGCACUUAGCGAUUCUGCCAACAGCAAAGAAGAUGCAGAUACCAGCCCCAAGCCCAAGGCUUCAAACAACCUGCUAGUUAUUUCCGUAGUGCCUGGUAGUCAGACCUUAUUGAACACGGAAGAAAAAGCAGAGAAAGGUUUUGAAUGUGUUUUCUGUAACUUUGUCUGCAAAACAAAAAACAUGUUUGAGCGCCAUUUGCAAAUCCACCUGAUUACACGGAUGUUUGAAUGUGAUGUGUGCCACAAGUUCAUGAAGACUCCUGAGCAGUUACUGGAGCACAAGAAAUGCCACACUGUCCCCACCGGUGGGCUCAAGUGCCCAUUCUGCAUUUACUCCACCAACCGCCCCGCAGCGAUGGAAUGCCAUUUGAAGACCCACUACAAAAUGGAAUACAAGUGCCGGAUCUGCCAGGCAGUGAAAGCCAAUCAGUUGGAGCUGGAAAUGCACAUCCGGGAGCAUCGCCUUGGCAACCAUUACAAGUGUGACCAGUGUGGCUACCUUUCCAAGACGGCCAACAAGCUGAUAGAGCAUGUGCGUGUACACACCGGGGAGCGCCCUUUCCACUGUGACCAGUGCAGCUACAGCUGCAAACGCAAAGACAAUCUCAACCUGCACAAGAAGCUCAAGCACGCUCCCCGCCAGACUUUCAGCUGCGAAGAGUGCCUCUUCAAGACCACCCACCCUUUUGUCUUCAGCCGCCAUGUGAAGAAGCACCAAAACGGGGACUGCUCCGAAGAGGAGAAGAAGGGCCAAGGGGCAACCUCCAAGGAAGCCAGCCCUCUCCUAGCUGCCAACAGUCCCCGGAGCCUCUUGUCACCUCUCUCGGUGAUGUCUGCCUCCCAGGCGCUGCAGACGGUGGCCAUGUCGGCUGCUCACGGCGGCGGGGCAGAGCCAAACCUGGCACUUAAGGCCUUGGCCAUCAACGGCACUUCCCUGUGCUUUGACAAGUACCGGAACUCUGAGUUUGCCCACCUCAUUCCCUUAACCAUGUUUUUCCCCAAGAACCACUUUGAGAUCACAUUCCAUGCGCCCAGGCCACAGACUGUACGGCCGGACGACACUUCGCCGAAGCACUCCUUCCUUGCCUACCUUGGACUAACAGAAAGGGCAGAAACUGUCUGAGGGCAGCCACGUACUCUACCAAAAAAAUAAUACUCUCCGCCCACCCCCCCAACAGACUCCCAACUGGUAUAUGCAUUGCUGCAAACCAUACACCCAAGAGGUAUGGCUGGCUGAACAUUUGUACUAUAGAUCAUUAGUAGUAAGGUGUAGGAAAAAAUGGCUCUGUGUGUCUCCUUAAAUGCAUUGACAUGAAGGCUGCUUUAUUAAAACUCUUCAGAAAGUGACCUCCUGCAUACCUUCAGAGGCAUGUUCCCAGUACUCUUAUCUAAGAAACUAUUUUGUCUUGUUUAAGCUGAACAAGAGCGUCCUUAAAGGCAAUCAGCACUUGCUUAAGGUUACAUAUUGAUGCAUUUUCCUUUUGAGAUGGUGAGAGUGAGUGUGUCUGAAGGGAGAGUCAGUGUGCCAUGACAUUGCUUUUGCACAUCCUUUUGUACUGGCUUAUUUAAUAAUGAACACAUGAAACUGCCUUAUAUACUGAGUUGGAUCAGUGCUCCACCUAGCCCAGUAACGUCCACUCUGACAGGCAGCCGUUCUCCAGGGUCUCAGGCAGGGGUCCUUCCCAGCCCACCUGCUCUCUGGGAUUAUUUAACUGGAGAUGCUGAAGAUUGAACCUGGGACAUUUAUACAUGCAACGCAUGUGCUCUACCACUGAGCUGCAGCCCCCUCCCCUCGUGAUGAUUAUUGCAGUUCUCCAGUCUCACCACCUUGCCUGCCUAGCUUUAUUUUACAGUUACUGGAAUGCAGAUACAGCAAUGCUAGGUUUGAGGAGAACUGGCAUGCCAGUCAGCACUACUUGGGAUUUGCUUAGUGUACUAUAGUGCUUGCUUUGGCCUCAGAUCUGAGAAUUCAAGGAUGAACAAGAGGAGCAGGAAUUGCUUCUAGCUCUGCAAGGUUAAGGCUGUUUUACAUGUUACAUCUCCCCCAGCUGGCAGUAAUAAUAUCUGUGUAGGCAAAUGCAUGGACACUGUAGUGUUGGACAUGUAAUAUGGUUUUACUCGGUGUACAUGGACUGGGUAGACACUGUGCAUACAGGCUGCCUCUUCCUUGCCCCCCCAAGCACUCCUACCACCCUUGAAAUGUUACAGUGAACAUGCAUAUCCCACCACAGAGAUGGUUUUUUUCCUUCGUAGAGAUAAUGUAUGAAAUAGCCCUGAACAAACAUAAGUGAACAGACACUUGGUGCAGAUCAAGGUGGUGGAAUCUGCAACCCUCCAUCUGUUGUUAGACUUGUCUCCCAUUGGCCUCCAGCAAACAUGGCCAGGGGUGAUGGGAGUUGUAGUCCAGCAACCUCUGGAGAGCCCAAGGUUCCCAUUCCUGGUGCAGACAGACCUGUAAACAGCAAGUGCAAUUCAUACAUGCACAAGGUCAGAUUCUUCUGUAACUCAGGGCCACUUCUUACAAUAAGUUUUGUAUUUGAGUACAGCUAUCCAAGCAUCAAUUUUAAAUGGGGCACAUGUAUUGCAUUUAAAUCACUACUUUUCUUUGUAAAAUAAAUGGAGUCGGGAAUCUGAUCGUUUCCCCAUCACGUUUCUGUCUCGUUCACUGGGAAGAGAUGUGAUUUAAACACACGUGCACCAUUCAAAACUGAUGUAAGGUCAAUACAAAAAAGUAUCUCAUACCAAGAAGCCCUCUUGAUCAUAGAUCAAACAUACACAUUCUCAGUAUGUAUUAAUGCAGUGAUUACCUUGGUUUGAAAAGACAAGAGUGUACAUUCUACAGAGAUUAAAUCCAGGAAUGGGGAUUUUUAAAAGGAAGGGGUUUGCUAUAUUCUGGGUAUAAAUGCUCAGACUAAAUAAAGGCAGGUUUUGCACAGUGCUUGAGUCUUGCACUAGUAUGUUUCUCACUUGCAAAAAAAAAGGAAAGAAAAGAAA